AUGAGUGAGGUAUCUUUUCCGAAGGUGUUGUGGGAGCGUGAUACGGGAGACGCCGGCGCAAUGGAUAGCUGUUACAAGCUUUACACAUGGAUUAACCACACGGUGCUUAUGCUGCUCUUCCAGAUAUUUUGGAAAGUGAGCCAAAUAUCCGACUAUUUAACAGGAAAGUCGUCAGAGCCGAAGUCAGAGAUGAUGAUAACCUUCUCACCACUCACAAAGGAAUCAAAACUCAGAAGACAUAUUAGAUCAAUGUCGGAUGUACAAAGCAGUACACCUUACCGUAUCGCCUUCAGAUCAAGAGUAGGAAGCAAUCACACUCUAAUGUACGAUUCAGACACACGGGCGAGGAGGAUCCGGUCCCACCAUAGACACCAGGAGCCAGACUCUUCAGACUCGAGCGAUUACUUUGAGCCGGCGAAGAAGGUUCGAAGUUUGGGACGCAAUAUCAUAAAACACACAGACUCUAUGAGAAUACUAUAA